CGGACUGUACGCUUGCGCAUCGCCGGUGCACGGAGCGGUCACAGGUGCGCAUUGCGCUCGCGUACAUGCAGCUGUGCGCACCCCCCUAAGCGCGCUGUCCCGUUGUUUCAGUUUUCCUGGUAGCGGCUGGACAGACCCUGCGGUCCGAGAUGUCCCAGCUCCCCACAGACAUCACUGUCUUGCAGACGGUCGUCACGGAUGGCGAAGACGGCUUCCCUCCGGCGGAGGUAGGCGGCGGAAGGCGGGGCCCGGCCCCGAUGCGGCCCGAGGAGGUCCGGGGAGGCCCGGUGGCGGCGGCGGCGGCGGCGCGGAGAGCUCGGACCGGGAGCCCGGAGCUCGGCUGGGCAGCGGGCGACGAGGAGCCGCAGGAACUGCAGCCCUGCCAGCUUGGGCCGAGCCUAGAGACACCGGCCUGGCUGGUCCACGCCAGCCGCAGACAGUGGCUGAGCAUGGAGCUGUCCCCCCGCAGCCCUCCGGAGAUGCUGGAAUCGGAUUGCCCGUCACCCCUGGAGCUGAAGUCAGCCCCCAGCAAGAAGAUGUGGAUUAAGCUUCGGUCUCUGGCCCGCGGGGCGUCGGCGGCCAGGGAAGGCCAGGUGGGGGCGGCGGCCCGGGAAGUCCGGGUGGCGGAGGUCGCCCGAUUGUUGGGGGAGCCCCUGGAGGAAGAGGGUCCCGAGAACAGGCCCAGGUCCAGAGCUGGCAACGCCGGGAGCCUGGCUGCGUUGCCGUAUCUCCGCCUCCGUCACCCACUUAGCGUUUUAGGAAUUAAUUACCAGCAGUUCCUCCGCCAGUAUCUGGAAAAUUACCCGAUAGCCCCGGGCAGAAUACAGGAGCUUGAAGAACGCCGCAGGCGAUUUGUAGAAGCCUGCAGAGCCAGGGAAGCGGCGUUUGAUGCUGAAUACAUGCGCAAUCCUCAGCGGGUGGAUUUUGACAUUUUAACAUUUACCAUAGCUCUGACUGCAUCCGAAGUUAUCAAUCCUCUGAUAGAAGAACUUGGUUGUGAUAGGUUUAUCAACAGAGAAUAAAAAAAAGUGAUGCAACAGCUCCAAGACAGCCUCCACAUUCACAUCAAACCAUUCCUGCAACUUGAUUUUGAACAGUCCGAGUGUAUCGGGAAUAAGACAGGACACAGUUGGAGCGAGAAGGAAGAAUUACCGUGAGAAAGCACCAGAAAGUGUUUACACUGUCGACAGCCAUUUGUAAGACUCCUGUAACGUUCUUAGAGUUCGUGAUGGCUCCAGAUUCUUUCCCCUGCAUUCCAGAAAAUGCCUCUCAACGUGGCUUCGUUAGAAAGUAAAGGGUGGUUUUAUGAAACUGAGACUUGACCAAGAGAACUUGCCAGUAUUAAAGCCCGUGAUGAAGAAGGAAAUUAUCAGAUAGUGAUUAUGAGGGCAACGAAGUACAGCGGUUUUCAGGACUGAACUGCUGUGGGAAGAAUUUGACAUUGUCAGUAUGUGCUUUCCUCAUGUCGUAAUCAUCAAAAAUUUUUAGUGUCAGGCUGAUUUUCUGUUUUCUGCGGCAUGUCAAAUGGCAAGCAAAGUAAAUACUGUGCAUAUUCCAUGAUAAAGUGUGUUUUCAAAGAUACCACAUUUCUGGAUUUUCCUUUCAUUCAGUUAAGUCAUCGUUCCCCAGACCCAAGAAUAUAAAAUAUACAGUGAAAUGUGCUCCAUCCUCAUCCCCCCUUCACCCAGUCCUAACACAACUUCUGUCAGUGACUGUAGCUCCUUUCUGUCCCACUUUCAUCCUGUAUACACAAGCAAAUGUAAACUCGGGGUUAUUCUUUUCCAUUUCUUCGCAAAAGUUGGCCCAUUGCUUUUCAUUGAGAUCCCUCCAAAUCACUGAACUUCUUUAUUCCUUUUUAGAGCCGCUUUUCUUUCCAUUCUGUUGCUAUGUUGUUACUAACCAGAAAUAUACCGGUGGACAUCUAGUUGCUUUCCACCAUUUGCUAUUGGCAAAAAAUAAUAGUAAUAAUGGCUAUAGUAGUUCCUCUGCUGUGCAUAUCACGUGGCAUGUAUGCAGAUACAGUAUGGCUUCGAUGCUAAAUGCACUUUUCAUAUUUGAAAAUCUCAAGUGGGGGUACUACUUACAUUGACGGUGUAAUGGUAUUUUUCCUGAGGUUUUCAUAAAACUUAUGCAUCUUAUAAUGCGUAGCUUAGAUUCUUCGUUAACUAUAUUACAUAUAGGGUGAACCUACGGAAAUGAGAAUUCUGGACGAAAAAAUGCAUUUGAAACAUUAUAGAUACUGCGAAGUUGCCUUCUAUCACUUUACACGUCCACAAGCAGUUAAUAAACGUGGUCAUGUCCUUGCUGUUUAGCCAACACUAAACUAUCAGUAUGUGGCUCUUACCAAUUUGAUAGUUGAAGAAACAGUGGAAUACUUUUAAUUUGUUUUUCUCUUCUAAGUGAUGUUAAAUUUAAGAGUUGUUUACCCUUUUCUGUGAACUGUGUGUUCAUACUCUUUGUCAUUUUUCUAAAUAGUUUUGUCAUUUCUUUAUUGACUCUAGUAGUUCCGUAUGUACUAGUGAUAGGAGGUAUGAUGAUAUCUUGUGAUAUGUUACAAAUAUUAUUUUCUACUUUGUCAUCUC